UCACCCGGGUGCUGGUCUUCCCCCCUUACAGUCCAUCAUGAAUGCUGCUGCCAGACUCCUCCACCUUACCAGUCAUUCCAUGUCUGCCACCCCUCUCUGCCAAUCCCUCCACUGGCUUCCAUUCAGUGUCCUCCAUCCCUCUCUGCCAAUCCCUCCACUGGCCUCCAUCCCUCCCUGCCAAUCCCUCCACUGGCUUCCAUUGUGUCCUCCAUCCCUUUCUGCCAAUCCCUCCACUGGCCUCCAUCCCUCUCUGCCAAUCCCUCCACUGGCUUCCAUUCAGUGUCCUCCAUCCCUUUCUGCCAAUCAAUCCCUCCACUGGCCUCCAUCCUUCUCUGCCAAUCCCUCCACUGGCUUCCAUUCCGUGUCCUCCAUCUCUCUCUGC